UCAGGUUUUGCCCGGCGGCGAGAUAACCUUUUGUCAGCAGUAGGUGUACGCGCAGCCUUAUCAGCCUACGGUGUGUGCGAGCGCACUGCAGGCGUUCUGCGCCUAAUCAGUCCGCUCAGUGAGUUCCCGCGGGAAAGAGGACAAAACAGCAGUGAAGAUGUUUUUCAAGUGUUUGCUACUGGGCGGCUUGUUGGCGAUUUUUAACGAGCCCCAACCAGUCGUAUCGAAACCUCACCAAUUUGUGUGCUCCGGAUCAUCGUCCCCGUCGGCGGGAUGCUUCCUAACGGCGCUGAACAUCCGUUCGGAAGAUAUCAUUACGCACCCGCCGGGCACACGUCCCGCCAACGAUCGGAAGAUUGCGUUCCAGCAGUCAACGCUCGCCUUCCUGCCGGCGGUUCUCUUCGACCAGUUCCCGCACGUGGAACAGCUAAAUGUGUCCGGUGUGUCGCUCCAGACCAUUCCGGCCGGUUGCUUCGAUAAGGGCAUCCGGCUUACCCGGCUAAACCUCGCAUACAAUCGGCUCCAAGCGUUGCCCCCGAAAGCGUUCCACAAGCAGACCGCCCUCGAGCAGCUAGAGCUGCAGAAUAAUUCGCUCCCAACGUUCGACGGAUCAAUCCUGGCGGAAAAUGCUCCCCUGAGAUCGUUGAACCUGUCCGGCAAUGCGCUGACCGAGGUGCGCUGGGAACCGCUCAACAAACUCCGCACCCUGGACACGCUGGACGUCAGCAACAAUCGGCUGGGAACGCUGUUCGUUACCAAAUCGUUGCGUGUGCUGAAAGCGUCCAACAACCGUGCCAACACACUGCAAACCGAUGAGAACAACUUUAUCUUCGUGCUGGAGCGGCUCGACCUGAGCGGGAACCAAUUCCAGGACCUGGCCGGGGUGGCACGCUUCGCCAAAGUGACGCACCUCGACGCAUCCCACAAUCGGCUCGAAUCGUUCGAUUUUGCCCUCGUCCGUAACAUGCGGUCCCUGGUGGCGCUGAAUCUGGCACACAAUCGACUGUUUAGCGUCGUGACGACCGGGCCACCGCCGACCACCGCCGGCACGCUGGAAGUGGUCGACCUGUCGAACAACUUCCUGACCACACUGCUGUCCACGAAUGCGCGCGGCGUAUCGUCCACCCAGAAGCUGCACCUCGAGGGUAACGGGCUGGUGAAUAUGGAGGUGCACGAGAAUGCAGUGUACUGGCCGCGGUUAAAAUCGAUCACGCUCGGGAGUAACGAUUGGAACUGUGAGUUUGCGGAACGGAUCGAAACCAUCCUCACGAAACGGUCCAUCGCCAUCGCGGGUGACGGGGACAGGUGUGGACGGGUGGAUCAGAUCCGCAAGGGACGGCUUUGCUGUGCCGAGCUGAAGCAUCCCUAUCUGGACCGUUUGGUACGUACGCGGAAGGAGCUGGAGAUGGGGAAAGUGGGCCUCAAGGAGCUUCCGGCGCAGCUUGGUGCAGGCCAGCCGAGUGUUCCGCCAGCUUCCGGUGCCGUACAAAAGUUGACCGAACAGCUGCGUAUCGCAUUGACGGUGGUGAGUCAUUUGCGUACGGCCAAAGCGGAACUGGAGGCUAGCAAUCUCGCGCUGACCAAAGCGUUGGAGGAAGAGAAAGCGAAGAAUAAAGUGCUGCAGGAAUCCCAGGCCCAGGGAGGACGUCAGCCAGCAGGAGGAGCAGGAAGCGUUCAACCACCAGCGGUUGAUGCUGCGAAGGAAAAGGCAGAACUUCAGGCGGCUCUGGUGAAAUCCCAGAGCGAGGUGACUAAUUUGAGAGCGCAGCUGGCGCGAUGCACAUCGACGGUGAGCACACGCACCGGGCAAACAGUCAUCAUUCAAUAAAUGGAUUUUGAGAGUGGUGUUGUUUUAGGGCCAGAGCAAAGGACAAUCAUUCUACAGAGUUGUAGUAGAAGGAAUCACUAUGAUAGCAAUUAAAUACUAGCAUGAUGCUUUAAAACAAUUUAUAAAUAUGUCAUUCGUUGUCCUUCCA